AUGAAGGUUCUCACCCUGUGGCAGAAAGUCCAGUUAUUCUACCAAGGGAUCCUGGAAAAUGGAGACAAGAGAACAGACAAGUGGCUGCUGGUCCACUCUCCUGGUCCAAUCAGCUGCAUCUUCCUGUGCUACCUGAUCGUUAUAUGGGCCGGGCCGAAGCUGAUGGCAAAGAGGCAGCCGGUCAACCUCAAACCUGUCCUCAUCGUUUACAACUUCGCCAUGGUCUGCCUGUCUGCCUACAUGUUCUACGAGUUCACAGCCUCUUCCUGGUCGGCCAGAUACAGUCUGCUGUGCCAGCCAGUCGACUACAGCGACAGCCCACUGGCCAUGAGGAUGGCCCGAGUGUGCUGGUGGUUCUACUUCUCCAAGGUGAUCGAGCUCAGUGACACUAUAUUCUUCAUCCUGAGGAAGAAGAACGGUCAGCUGACCUUCCUGCACGUCUACCAUCACGCCACCAUGAUCUUCAACUGGUGGGCCGGGGUUAAAUAUGUGGCUGGCGGCCAGUCCUUUCUGAUCGGCCUGAUCAACUCCCUGGUCCAUGUAGUGAUGUAUUUAUACUACGGCCUGGCAGCUCUGGGACCCGGCGUGACCAGAUACCUCUGGUGGAAACGCUACCUCACCUCCCUGCAGCUGCUCCAGUUUUUCAUAGUAACCAUCCACACCACCUACAACCUGUUCGCCGACUGCGACUUCCCCGACUCCAUGAACGUGGUCGUGUUGGCCUAUUCUCUCAGCCUCAUCGCUCUCUUCAGUAACUUCUACUACCACAGCUACCUCGCCAAGAAGACCAAGAAGACGUGAGCAGAAGAAGAAAAGACGUCAGGUGUUUAUGAUCCGCUCCGUGGAGAGAAAAGAGCUGAGAUGGAAGGAUCUGAAAACAGGGAAAAUGAGAGAUGACAGAAGGAAUAAAAAAAAAAAGCAAUUUAUACUUCUCUGAU